AUGUAUACUCAAGGCUUCUGCUUCAUUCUAAUACUCCACCAGAAAUGUGGACAUGCUUCCUACGACGACUGUACCGAGUUCCCAGGCCGGGAAGGUACAGUUGUAGAUUUGGCAAAGGAAUUGAUGCAAGCAGGCUACAUAAAUCGAGCACAGAUAGCAAUUCAACCAUUGGGAACAAAACUUUGGGUUAGUGGGAGGCUCCAGAAUGGCAUUAAUCUCAUCUCGAGAAAACUUUCGAAACUUCGGAAGACCCCUCUGCCAACAUUUGUCAAAGCAAGUCCCCCGAAAAACCCGGUCUGCCUUCCUGCCGAUGGAUGUCGUUGGCUUCACUUGUGUAUGAAGAAAAAACCAUACGCAACCCAUCUCAAGCCACUUCAUGUGUGUGAGGACGAAAAUCAAGAUCCGUUGACCGAUGAAACUUUCUUCAAAGCUCUUGAACACAAAGACGUGGAAGGACUGGGCGAUUCUGAAGUUGAGGAGAAUCGAGUUUAUAGGUCCUGUCCAGACGUGUAUGUCGAUCAUAUCAAAACUAAUGAUCUUCCACUAACAGCCAAUGAGUAUGAUUUUGCACCGCCACCACCUCCAAAAAUGGUCCAGAACACAUGUUGCAUCUUUUCUAAGACUGCCGUUCGAUUUCUGAUGUCAAUUCGAAUUUCUAUCUCCAACGAAUUCCCCGCAGGAAGAUCGAACCGAUCGCAUUUAAUGCAAAUAGAAUUACAUUUUGUCGAGGGAUUCAAUACGUCCUUGGCAAUUACCUAUGCUUAUACUCUCCUCGGUCUUAGAAAUAGCACAUGCUAUUUGUUGAACCAUACUGGAGAAAGAUAUUCCAGGAGCAUUUGA